CUGUCAGUUAUUGCAAAAUUGUUAUUAUAUACUCCCUUCAAAUUUUGGAUAUUUUUAAAAUGAAUUUUGAUUGUGCUAUGCAUAACGAGUGGACAAGAUAUAUGUCGUUUAAAGAUUUUCCGCAGUCUUCUUCAGUAUCUCCUCUACGAUUAGCUAAAGCUGGAUUUUACUACACGGGCACACGGGAAGACGCUACUUGUUUCUGUUGCGGGCUGACAAUCGGCACAUGGACUACAGAUGAAACAGUUUUUGAUCUGCAUCAGCGUCUUUCUCCACAUUGUCGGUAUUUGACUGGCGAAGACAAGUCAAAUGUUCCAAUACAUUGUGACCAAUAUUCGGAACAGGCUGGGAUUGAAAUCUCUUCAUCGAACUCAGUUACUAGAGCGAUCCCUAGUCAAACAUCAAUUAAAAAAAGUGGAGCGCACGGAAGUUUAAACGGUGAAGACAGUCUAUGCGUUAGUGGCGUGCGGACAGAUCGCAGGCAGGGUUUAUCAGAAUGUCUAACAUUUACACAGCCAAAUGGUCAGAUUGAAUACUAUCCAGGAAUAAUCACAGAAAAACCGAAACAUCCCGAUUAUGCAAUAAAGAGUAUCAGGAUGUCCUCAUUUACUAACUGGUGUCCGGAGGUAAUGGACCCAGAACAACUUGCCGAGGCCGGAUUCUAUUAUACAGGUGUUCAAGAUUGUGUACGGUGUUUUUUCUGUGGCGGUGGAAUGAAGAAUUGGGAAAACGGAGAUAAUGCAUGGAUUGAGCAUGCCAGAUGGUUUCCAAACUGUGCAUACGUUAAACAAUGCAAAGGAGAAAAUUUUGUUAGCAUGUGUCGCUCGGCAAAUAUUGACUAUAUGACAGCUGAGGGCGAAAUGCAAAAUACAGGUACAGAAGGAUUUAACUUGGCAGGUGGUGGAGAACUUGUGGAAGAUCAGCUAGUACAAGACUUAAAUAGUACAGCAGCGAAACUUGUAAUGGGUAUGGGGUAUUUGCAGGAAGAUGUAGAAAAUGCCAUUAAACUGGCAAGAGAGAAAUACGGUUCAGCUGAAUUGCGAGCCCAGUAUAUCCUUGAAUCCAUUCUGGAUAACAGGUAUAGCAACAAUGGUAACAAUAUACCUAUUCACAACAAUCAAACAGAUAGAGAUAAACCGUCAGCAGCGCCGGAGUCCUCUUUAGAUAAUGCGGAUGUUGCCAGCAAACCUUCAGACAUAAAAGAAGAGCACAAACAAUUGUUAGAGGAGAAUCGCCUGCUGAAAAAUCAAAUGGUUUGCAAGAUUUGUUUGGACAAGGACGCAUGUGUUGUAUUUUUACCCUGCGGGCACAUGGUUUCGUGCGUGGAAUGUGCGCACGCGCUAAGAAAAUGUGCUGUAUGCAGAUCAAUAAUACAAGGAUCAGUAAGGGUGUAUCAAGCCUAAAAAGAUACAACUUUUAAUAAUGCUACGAAUUGUGAGGGAGACAAUGGUAAAUAAGUCUACGGGUUAUGUGGACAACCAUAGGCAAUUAAUUUAGUUGGUGUUACAUAUAUGUACUGUAGUUAACCAUAAAAGGAAGGAUCAGUAUGGGCCUAUCCAGCUUAACGAUAAUCCACUCGGGAAGAUAUUUGAUGAACUUAUUUUGUCAAACUGCAUUAGCUACAUCUGAUUAAAAUGGUUAUUUCGAUUGUCAUUUCUAUAUUUGAAUUACACCGUUCUUAUAAAUGCAUUGUCUAUGUUAUAAAUAUGUAAUUUCAAAAUGCAUUCUUUGGAAGCAAUGUUCUGAAAUAGACUAGUAUUGAAAUAUUUUAAAUUAAGCGUUUAUGUUGUUUAUAGUAGACCUUUCUAACGUAAACGUAAUUACGAAACGGAAUACUGAAUCCUUAAAAUUUUAGGCUAAUUUGUGGUCUAUGGGAGACAAUUUCAUCCAAUAGUAAUGCAAUAGUAUCUCCCUUAGACCAUUAUUUGCAAAUAACAUUUACGGAUUCAGUAAUUCGUUUCCGAUUUACGUUUACGUUUACGUUAGAAAGGUCUAAUAUUUUGUUUUGAAUACAUAAACCCAUUGUUACAUGUUUCGAAGAAUAAAAUGUUGAUAAUAUUCCUUAUAUUAUUUAUAUUUAUUGAAGUUGUUUAUUACUUAAAUAAAGCAUUAAAACAAUU